UUAAAAGCAAAAAUAAUUACUCGGAUUAUUAUACACGUCCAUAUAUGUCAUAAUAAUCACUCAUAUAUCAAACCGGCACCUGCUUUGAGUGUGGAUAAUUCGUUUUCCUUGAAAUUUAGCAAUUUAUAUGUUAUCCUCAUGCCGUGGAGAACCGAAAGUAACUCACUAAUUUUACAUAACCUUGGACCGGUUAUAAAACAUAAGGAAACAAUGAGUAAAUGUGUGCCAUAAAACAUUUAUACCAGAUAUUACCAUUCAAAGAUGAACUUUGGUUCAGUAAGAGUUGCAUUUCAUCCUAUUGUAAAAACCUGGGCAGCAAGGGGAAGAAUAUUGUUCUCAAGGAAGUAUUUAUUAUAUACCAAUGUAGGUAUAGCAGUAACUUUAUCUACAACAGGAGACUUCAUAAAUCAACGAUUCCAAAUUACAAAAAAGGAAAUUGAUAGCCUCGAUAUACUACGUUCACGUGAUGUAGCUAUUACAGGUCUUUUCAUUGGACCAUUCUGUCACUAUUGGUAUCUGUUUCUUGAUUGGUGGAUUCCAGGUAGAUGCUAUAGGUUAUUGGCUAAAAAGGUGAUUGUUGAUCAGCUGGUGUGUUCACCUGUUGUGAUUGGACUAUUUCUAGGAAUAACAACUCUAUUAGAAAAGAAAUCAUUGACUGCUGUGAAAGAAGAAUUUUUGGAAAAAGGCGGGAAAUUAUAUGUUGCUGAGUUAGCUGUAUGGCCACCAGCACAACUUUUCAAUUUUUAUUUCUUACCAACUCAUUACAGAGUACUCUUUGACAAUGCUAUCUCAUUUUUAUUUGAUAUUUAUUUUUCUAGGAUAAAAUACGGUAAAAAUGGUCGAGUAGAAAGUUGAUAUUGGUUAAUAUUUAGUAUACUCAUGCAAAAAUUUAUAUUAAUUAUAAGUGAUUUAUCAAUUUUUACAAAGAAUUAAAGCAAUGGCAUUAUUUAUUGUACAUUUA